AACAUUCACUGAUCUAUUUCAAAUUAUGUUUAGCUUUCUAAUGUAAUGAAAGUAAAUUUAAAUUUAGGCUUCUCACACAAAUGAUUAUAACACAAUCAACAGCAACACAUUCAUUAUCACUUAUUAUCUAUGAAUAGACUCAUAUUUGUUAUAUAGUCGUAGUUGUCAACACGAGAUGAGUUAAUUAGAUUUUAGUUAGUAGUAGUUAAUAAUGUUUAAUAGCUUUAUUAUGAAGUUAUUCUGUUUUGUUUCUUUAUGUAUUUUCAUAUUAUUUGUACGUGUUUAUUUUUAUUUUGAAGGCCGCAAGUAAUCGCUUGUUGACUCUACCCACGUCCGGUCCGACUUUAUAAAGUGUGGUUUGUUUUCUCCGGUGAAGAUGUAAAUAAAGAUGAAGGGACAUUGAAAACACCGACAUCGUGUUAACGUGAGGCUUUUAAUCUGAAGGCUCUUCACAGGCACUUCCUGUCGUUUUGUAAUCGUGAACGAGCGCCACUGAGAGAGAGAGAGAGCGAGUUACAUGACAGGCUCCUCCUCCUCCUCAGGUGACAUGUCUCAGGUGCGGCGGGCGGUGGGCGAGGCCUUCUGGGCGAUGUGUGCGGCAGACUCCGCCUCCAUGCCGGUCCACUGGUACUAUGACGUGGACGACAUCCGGAGGGACUUUGGCGGCUGGAUCUCCGGGUUCUCGUCCCCCAGAGAGAGACACCCGUCCAGCAUCCUGAGCCUGUCCAACUCCGCCGGCAGCGGGCGGAGCGCGUGGUCGUCGGGGGGGCAGCGGCCGGACGUGGUCGGCAACGUGAUUCUUCACGACAAACUGAAGCUGUGGAAGUCGUCCAGCGGCUCCGUCCACUACCACCAAGGUCUGCAGGCGGGCGAUAACACCCUGAACGUUCUCUGCUCCCUUCGAGUGGCGCGCUCGCUCGCCGGUGGAGGGUUCACCGACGUCUCUGAGCCGGAGGCUCGAGCCGCCGUGCUCUCAGACUACGUUCAGUUCCUGACGACGCCCGGCAGCCACAACGACACCUAUGCCGAGAGUUCCCACCGCUCGUUCUUCGCCGACUGGCAGGAGAGCCGACCGACUUCACCCCGUCAGGUUCUGACAUUUGCAGAAGAACGCUCCAAGUUGAAGUUGAGUUCCUCGUUCCCGGACGGCCAGCUGGACGCAAUCGGCUGCUUUCCCAUGAGCCUCCCCUUCAUCCUGCUGUCGGCCUCGGCCAAUGAGGAGAAGGCUGUCGCCGCAGCGGUGGAGUUUGUGAAGCUCACCCACCCUCACCCCAAAGUGUCCGAGUGGGUGUCCAUCUACAGCCGGGCGCUGCACGCGGUGCUAGGGGGCGCCAGCGUGCGCCAGCAGGCCGAACACGCUCUGAGGAGAUUGAACGUCUGGGACGUCUGCCAGAGCUACAGCCGCAAGGCCGCCAGGUUUCCGGAGGAGGAACGACUGAAGGUGCAUCAGAGCGCCGUCAACUACCUCGGCCUCGCAUGCUACACCAAAGGUGCUCUGUCCAGCAUGUUCUACCUGGCUCACGAGUUCCACGACGACCUGAGAGGAGGAAUCCUGACGAACACCAACUGCGGAGGGGAGAACUGUAACCGAGGCGCGGCUCUGGGCGCGCUGCUGGGGGCGGGGGGGGCGUACCUCGGAGCCAGCGUCCCUCAGCAGUGGAAGGAUGAACUGAGAGACGCCCAGGACUUCAUCCCUGACUUCCUGAAGACGCAGUGAGAGCAGGCGUCGCCCCCUGAAGGAGUGGAGGAGAAUCUGUCUUCCUGUUCACAAUGUUUUUAUAAUGAAUCGUGAUGCAAACUGUAAAAAGUAUUGAACGUUUCCACUUUGAACAAAUCCACUGGUUUGUUUUGAUUUUUUUGGUAAAAAUAAACCUGGUUGAGAACUA